CCGGGCGGGGCUGGGGGCUCCGGGAAGCCGAAGCUUGCAGCCAGUCCCCGCAGCUGGGGGCUGGCUCCCAGAGGCCUGCUGCAGCAGCGGGGGCGGCUGGCGGGAAGCUUUGUGGCGCGGGCAGGUUCCACGGGGUGUCGCAGAGGCGCCUGCCGCCCAGGGCACUCAGCCUGGCCGCGGGCACCGACCGCAUGGGCAGCCCCGCGCAGUGGGGCUUCCCAGCGCGCACGAACAGCCGCUUGGAUGCGUUCCUGCGGCGGCACAUGCGGCCCGAGGUCUACGACGGGGUCCGCGCCUACGAGCCGUGCAUCGUGGUGUCCCACGAGGAGAAGCACACCUUCAAGUACGUGGUGCUCAGCGAUCGGCUCAUCUACCUGACCGAGAACCCGCCCAAGUCCAUCCAGACGGUAGUGGCUCUGCGGGACAUCGUGGCCAUUGACCUGAUUGAUGAUUACCCAGAAUUUUUAAAUUCAGCAGACAGAGAAAUCAACCAACACAUUCGUAUCAUCUAUUCUUCAACCACUUUGAAAAAAGAGUGUGGAAAAUCAAAGGGUGUUGGGAAAUUCCUGUUUCCAAUUCAUCAUGCCAAUGCUAACACCAAAAAAGUCAAGGAAGAGAAUAAUGACCCUGCCUUUUGGAGAAGAAAAGAUUCUAUGAGUCUGAAAGAACCAUUUCUCAGGUCCCACCAGGAGAGGAGCAUACUAUUCAAGAACUCAACUUUCCAUCCUUCAGACCUCAAGAGACUGUCCCUUCCUGGGCAAGGUGCCUUUCGACCCUUACCUACCCUCUCUAGGAGUCAUCAGUCUACACCAGCUAGUAACAAAACUGUCAACUCACUAUCUUGUACAGUAAACACAAAAGAACCUCAGGAGCUUCCAAAUCACAAAGACCCUCUGACCGAAAUCUCUUUCAAGUUCGAUGGGAACAGAAAUGAUUUUCACAUCGGAAAUUCCCGCCCAGCUUCCCCUUUACAGAUCAACUCAAAUCUGGAGAAAAAGGAGUCGGAACUUCAUUUGUACAUCAUUUCCACAACCUCAUCAAUAUUUCUGCACUUAAAAAGCUCCUGGAACAAUUACCUUAUAAAAGCUACUCUUUUACAAGAUCCCCUAUAUGCUAGUGCACACAGCCAUGUUAUUGGAAAUCAAAAGCCGUAUCGAUCUGAGGAGAAAAUUAAGCACUUCAGUCAACUUAAAUCUGAACUUUUUCUUAAAGACAAUACUUUGAGGAAGAUGCUUUGUUUAAUAACAGAACUUAAAGUAGCAGCCCAGGAAAAUUUCAUCCUGAAAAGGCUUUUUUGGAAAACCAGUGACCUUUUCUAUUUCCUAGUGAACAAACUUCAUGAGUACUUGCCGGAGUCUAGGGAUAAGAAUGCACUUCAAAAUAAAAGCCAAAGGGCUGAUGAACUGGUGGCAUGUAUUGAAAUUAUACAGACCCUAGGACUGAUGUUCAGAGAAACAGAAAUUGAAUCAUCUCGCCUGAACACACUGGCAACUAAAAAGGGAACACUAUUUAAUCUCUUGGUCAUUUUAAUUAGCAAGCCUAAGAUUCCAAAAUGUCCCGUGUUUGAUAUCCAGUUGGUGGCUGAUUCAACUUCAGCUGAAGCGUCUUUCGAUGCUGAGUUACAGAAGCUUCUUCUGGAGUACACAGACACAGCAACCGCACUGUUCUAUGAAAUACUUCUCGCCUUUCAGCAGGGGAACCUUGGAUUAGGGUCCACAAAGUUUGCUAUGAGCUGGAUGAUAUCCUUUCUGCAAAGCUGUCCUCCCAUAGUGGCUUUUGUGGCCAGCAUUGUGAAAGGAGUGGUGAAGGGCCUUUCAGCUUCACUCCCGCUGCUGAGCCCCUGCCAAGCAGUUCUAAUGUACCAGCAAUUCUACAUCCUCAAGAGCUGCCUGCAGUACAGCAAGACUCUAGCCGAGUGUAUUCGGAAUGACUACAGUGAGGAAUUCAGGUACUUUAUUCACAUGCCAGCCUUGGAAAAGAGGCUUCCACUCUGUUACCCUAUUACAGAGCCCGCCACUCAACUUUUUCAUCAAGUUCUGCAGUUGAUUGAACAGAAGCAGUGUAAAAGUGUUAGAGGAUAAAGUGUUUGCUGAAGUCAAUACUUAAUGAGAAACAGCUUUUUAUUUAUUUAAUAUCUAGCUCUCCUGGAGUCCUAUAAAGAUUUUAUUUGAAUGUUCCAUUAGUACCUCUUUAUGAGGUCUUAAAAAAUUUUUUUUCUAGUCUUUUUGAGACAGGGUCUCCCUGUAGCCCCAGCUGCCCUGGAACUCACUAUUUAGACCAGGCUGGCCUUGAACUCACAGAGAUCCGCCUGCCUCUGCCUCCUGAGUGCUGGGAUUAAAGGCGGUCUUUAAAUGUUUUAAUCUGAAUUUUCAAGUAAAUGUAUCUAGGCUGAGCUUCCAUCCCAGUGGUAGCAU